CGCUGCUCUGGUGUUGACAAAGGUUUUACCGCAAAUCCUCCCACGUUCACCGACUCAUUUCGACUAAAAACUGGGUGAAAAGGGAGUGGUCCGGAAACGUUUGUGGUGUUAAGUGUUUGUCUUGUAAUACUUACUUAAACAGUCUUUGUCACACGUCAGUCAGAAGCAAUAUUGUUACAAAUAUUGUGUUGUUAAAGCGUUUUUCAUCACGUCUGGACAACCAUGGGUAUGACAGGGAUGCAGUAUGCUAUUGUCCUGAUGGUUACUCUCUGGUUUGCUGUAAGCACUGCUGACCAUUCGGCAGAUCACACAGCGGGUAACGAUACUUCCAGCAGCAAUGAUACCUCCACAGCUGUUUCGACAGAAUCCGACAACUCCCACAAUUCUCCAGUUCUCUUCGGCACUUGCUACAUGCAACCCAACCCAAAUUAUGCCGGAGAUGAAGCGGUGACGGGGAUUGUCAACUUUCAUCAGAGGAGACGUUUGCCCCUGGAUGUGUUUGUCAGGCUGUCUGGAUUCAACACCUCCGCCUCUUUACGCCGCCACGGGAUUGUCGUGCAUCAGCAAGGGGACAUCAGCGGGGGCUGUGAGUCCAGUGGCCCGCACUAUAACCCUUCUAACAGCACCCAUGGGUAUAGGGAGGACCAUGCCAGACAUGAGGGAGACUUGGGAAAUAUUGAUGUGGAUCAGGGACAGGUGGACACAAACUUCACCGUCAAAGGUGUCUCUUUGUUUGGGAAGUACAGCAUCAUUGGCAGAACACUGGUGGUCCACGUCAAUGAAGACGACGGAGGAAGCGGCCUUGACCCACAGAGCGCGGUGACUGGCAACGUGGGAGCGUGCAUGGCCUGUUGUGUGAUUGGCCGACUGGACUAAAGCGCAGUAUCUAUUCGGAGACGUCUCCGACGGAGAUAGACCAAUCAAAAUGCUUUGUGCCUCUAGACCCAGUAAA